AUGGUUACUUCCGUUGGCCUCCUAGUAUGUGACUUUGAUGAAACAAUCACUCAACGUGACUCUACGUGUAAAGUAGCAGAGCUCGCAUAUGAAAAGAGAGCACAACAAGGAAAGUGUCCACCCUCCGACGAAAAUUGUUUUCUUGAUUGUCCACCACCAUGGUCUUAUUUUGUUGAAAAAUACUUCAAAGAACGUAAGGAACAUAUAAAACAUUGGGGUGAAACCCACCCAGAAAUUUCACUCGAAGAUCAUUAUAAAUUAUUGGGUUCAUUAAGAGAGGUUGAAAUAACAUCAAUGGAACGUGUCGAAAAGUAUAAUUGUUUAUCUGGUGUACACUGUAAUGAACUAUUUGAACAGGGGAGAAAGAUAGAAAAACGUGAUUAUGCUACUGAAGUUCUAAAGAUAUAUUCAACUAAGCGUAAUAAUCAAGAUAAUAAUUUAUACAUUCUUUCGACCAAUUGGUCACGAGAUAUGCUCUUAGGAAGUUUAAAGGAUUCGGUGAAAAUUGAGAAAGAACAAAUCCUAUCAAAUAAUCUUAUUUUCAAUGAAAUGGAUUGUACGACUGGUAUAUUAAAGAAAGAGAUACUUACAGGACUUGACAAACUUGCAAUCUUUAAUAAAUUGAUGAUUCCAAAAGGAACUAUGUCAGUAUACAUUGGUGACUCUGAUACUGACUUGCCAUGCAUGUUAUAUGCCAAUAUAGGAAUAAUUAUGGGAAAUAAUGUCACGCUAACAAAAUAUUGUAAUAAAUUUGGAAUUGAAAUUAUUGAUGGAUUGGUAAAAAAUAUUGACAAAAUCAAUUUUGAUUCUAAAAGAAAACAACAUAAACUUUUUAGAGUUCAAGGAUGGAAAGAAAUAUUAGACAAACAAUCUAAAAGUGUUUCGGACCCUUCAAAUAAAGUCAUGAAAUAUUGGUUACAAAGUCCAGAUAAAAUCCCUGAACUCAUUGGACCAUUUAGUAUAGACCCAACAGAACAUGAUAAAUAUUUUAUAGAGAGCAAAUCAGAAAGUUGUACUGCAUUUUUUAUUGAAUUAAUAUCAAGCUUAAUUAACACUCCUCCAACAGGAAAAACAGAAGAUUCAUUUCACUCCUUUUGGGAUGCUAUUAUCAGCAAGUUAUUACAAGUAUUUGGAAAAUAUUCUAAUGAAAUUCCACCAAUAGAGUUUGAUCGGAAUAUAAAUUCAUUUAAAUCAUUAACUGAAAAAUAG